UUGGCUACAGGGUCAGAACAUGGCUCGGCUCAGGAUAGUUCUAGGGAUUUUACUUUUUAUUUUAGGACAUUUUGGCUCUGUCUCAACCCAAAGCCCAAAUGUGUGCAAGACCUUUGGCAGUGGGGUCAUACAGACUUUUAACAACACCAUGUUACAUGUGAAAUCUACAUGUCCGCUAAUACUGACACACUUCUCUCAUGCGGGAGUCGACUGUUAUAUCUCAGUGCAGCGUGAUCCAACUGGCUUAAUAAAGAGAGUUGAGAUUUUGGUGAACAAAAUUGUUACAACCAUUCAGGAUGGUACGCUCACUGUGGAAGGCAACAGCAUUUCCCUGCCUAAUGACAACACCUAUCAGAGUGUGUAUAAAUUUGGCAUUUAUACCAGGCUUACAAGCAAAGUUCUUCCCCUUUCUGUCACAUGGUACAGUUUACCUGACGGUGUCACUUCACUUUGGGUGCAACUGGACCGGCCUUUAGUGGAUGGGAUGACUGGUAUGUGUGGGGGACUAUCUAGCUCAGAAACUAGAGCACAGCUUCUUGAGAGCAAUGUCAUCCGCAAUGAGUUAUGUGUGACUGAAGAUUCCCAACCAGUAGACGAUAAGACUUGUAAAGACUUUAAAUCUGAGGCCAGAGAGUGCCUCGGCAGGAAACUUUAUAUUUUUGACCAGCUCUGCAAGUUGAACAUGUAUAUUAACGUACAUGCGGCUGUGAAGUGUUCUUUUUUUGAAGAAUUCCUUCACCCAUGUAAUGGCUCGAACCCUUCGCGAUCCAGGUUGCGAAACAUAACUUCAUGUGGUGAACCUCCCUGUCCUGGUGAUUUAAAAUUUAAGGAUCAAGGUGCUGCAUUUCCUCCCACUUGCUCCAACCCUCAGCUUCAGACAGAAUUCCAGACCAGCACUUGUCUUCCUCAAGAUGGUUUGGUUCUGAACGAUCGAGCUGAGGCCUACCACAGUGUUAAGGUAGAGGACUGUCCUUGUGUGCGUGGGGGAAGAACGUAUCACUCAGGGCAAAGGCUCAGCUCAAAGUGUCAAACUUGCGAUUGCAUCAAAGGAAAAUGGAUCUGUUCAGCCAACACCUGUCCGACUCCAUGUGUCAUUGAAGGCUGGUUUGUUACUACCUUUGAUGGCAAACAAUAUUCUCUGCCUGGAAAAUGUACCUAUGUGGCUGCAAGAGGACUCAACUGGACAGUGACCAUCAUAUUAUCUGAUGUGACUAUACAAGAAUUGUAUCUUGAUGUGUAUCAGGAACGAUACACCUUCUCCUUAAACAGUGUACAUCUAUGGGAAAAAGAAAUAGCAAUCACUGAUCUGUCACAGACUGAACAUGUCACAGUCUAUUGGCAGUCUUCAAUGUUUGUUACGGUCCAAACAACUCUUGGAAUAAAGAUGCAAGUCCAAGUUUCUCCAGAAGUUCAAAUGUACUUGUAUUUGCCCCAAAGUGUAACAUCUGCAGGUCUUUGUGGCUCAAAAAACAACAACACAGAAGAUGACUUCACUACAAGCAGUGGUAUUGUGGAAAACUCAGCUCAGCCUUUUGCGCUGUCCUGGACAUUGGGAGACUGCACAUCAAAUAAUCCCCCUGUUUGCAUCAAUACUGACAAUGAGUUAUUUGCUGAAGAUAAGUGCAGUCAACUGACAAACGCAAGUGGUGUGUUUGCCCAGUGCCAUGAUUAUGUGCCUGUUAACACUUAUUUUGAAGCCUGCAUUCAGAGAACCUGCCAUGCUACUUCGGACUUACAGGAGCGUGCAUGUGUUGGCCUGGGAAACUACGCUAAAGCCUGCACCAGCCAGGGCAUCAAUGUUGGUGACUGGAGAGGAGAAACAGCCUGCCAUAAGAUGUGCGACAGUAAUCUGGUGUUUGAUUAUGCCAUGCAAGCAUGUAAUCGUACAUGCCGCUCAUUGUCUGGUCCUGACCCGACCUGUGACAUGGCAGAUGAACCAGUGGAGGGCUGUGGAUGCCCAUCUGGCACCCACCUCAACACACCACUCAGGUGCAGCCCUCGUGCCCUCUGCAACUGCAACUACCCAGGUGGAAUAAUACCUCCAGGGUCCACCAUUAUUGAUGGACUGCAAUGCAUGUGUGAAUAUGGAAAUCUUACGUGUUCAGAAGCUUGCGAUUGUCCACAUGGACAAAUAUGUGUCCAUUGUGCACGAGCACCAGUAAACACAGCACAAACAACAUGUGAGAGUCUGAGCAAGACAUUUAUUGAUUAUGAAAUCUGUAUUAGUGGCUGUUACUGUCCUGAGGGCCAGUUUGCAGACCACAAUGGCAACUGUGUGACACGGGAGAAUUGCACAUGUGAAUUCAGUGGGGUGGUUUAUGCAACUGGCCAGAGUGUGGAGUCAAAUUGCAAAACAUGCACUUGCAGUGGAGGCCAGUGGAACUGUGAAGGUGAUCCGUGCCCAGGAGUGUGUGAAGUGUUUGGCAAUGGACAGUAUAAGACCUUUGAUUCCAAAUGGUAUCGCUUCGGUGGACACUGUCAGUACACUCUGGUUGAAGCCAUCGAUGGGCUGUUUUCCAUUCAAGCGGAAAGUGUGCCUUGUUGUGAUGAAGUUCUCACCUGCUCCCGCUCCAUCACAGUAAAACUCAUGGAUGAAGUGUCUCUGAUUCUGCGGGAUAUGAAUGUGACUCAAAAGGUCCUGCCUGGGUGGAGCUUCAGAGCUAUGUCACUAUACUCUGUUCAUACUGUAGGCCUGUACUUCAUCAUCUCAGUGCCAGAAAUAGGCCUCACUGUGAUUUGGGACAAGCAAACCAGAGUUAAAAUUGAGCUGCAGGCCUCAUGGAAUGGUAAAGUACGAGGUUUGUGUGGUGACUUUGAUGGGAAGUUAAUGAAUGACUUGCAGACGAGCAGCUCCACUGUUGUGUCCAGUACCCUGGAGUUUGGGAACAGCUGGAAGACAGCUGUCCCGCCGUGUUCAGACGUGACUCAAGAAUUGUUUCCUUGUGAACGCCAUUCAUACUGCGCUGCUUGGGCACAGAGACGCUGCAUGAUCCUACACAGUGACACAUUUAAAGACUGCCACCUAAAGGUUGAUCCAGCCUCUUACUACCAGGCCUGUAUUCUGGAGUCAUGCUCGUGUGACUUUGAGGGCAAGUUUCUGGGAUUCUGCACAGCUGUGGCAGCAUAUGCUGAUGCUUGCUCUGCCCACAAUGCCUGUAUCAAAUGGAGAACUCCUGAUUUGUGCCCCGUCUAUUGUGACUAUUACAAUGAAGAGGGUCAAAGCAGCUGGCAUUAUGAGGCAUGUCCUCAACAGAUCAAAACUUGUGGGAAAAACAACAAAUUCUCUGGAGAACUGGAAGGUUGUUACCCACGGUGCCCUGCUGAGAUGCCAUAUUAUGAUGAGAACAGAAGAAUAUGUUCCAGUUUGGACAACUGUACCUGCUACUUCAACAACACUGUGGUUGAACCUGGUUCUAUAGUGAAUACAGAUAAUGAAUACUGUGAUUGCAUUGGGGGGAAAAUGAUUUGUGCAUUUAUUAGCAUGAACACAUCUACAUCUACAAAACCACCAACUACAACGAAUACACAUGUUACAACUUUAACUACAACUGGGUACACAACAACGACAGAUCUAGUCAUAAGAACUGGGCCAACAUUUACCCCCAGCCCUACAGGUUCUCAGAUAUCAGGAGACAUCACUACUAUUAAAACCACUACAAAACAUAUACCCACAACCCCAAAAAUUACAACUGUACAUGAAGCUACAACUGCAAUACCAACAAAGACACCUAUAACAACCAUCACAACAACCCCAGUAAUCACAACUAAAGAAUCUGCAUCUACAACUAUAUCAACUACAACAGCAGGGACACCAGUGACCACCAAAACAUCAACCACAGCAAUCUCAACGGAAGAAUCUACAACUUCAUUAACUACAACAACAGAGACACCAGUGACCAUCGAAACCUUAACCCCAGAAAUCUUAACUGGGGAACCUACAACUACAACUUUGCUAACUACAACAGAGGCAUCUGUAUCCACAUCAACAACACAAAUCAUAGUAUUUUCUAAUAUAACAACUUCACUAACUACGACUUCAACAGAGACACCUAUAAUAACCACAACAACUCCAGAAAUCACAACUGAAGAAUCUGCAUCUACAACUUCAUUAACUACAACAGAGACCACAGUGACCACAUUAACACCAAAAAUAACAACUGUACCUACAACCUCAAUGUCAAUAACUACAAACUUAACAGAGACACCUGCGAUAACCACCACAACCACCCCAGAAAUCACAACUGAAGAAUCUGCAUCUACAACUUCCUUAACUACAACAACAGAGACACCAGUGACCACAUCAACACCCGAAAUUACAACUGUACCUACUACUUCAAUGUCACUAACUACGACUUCAACAGAGACAUCUGUGAUAACCACCACAACAACCCCAGAAAACCCAACUGAAGAAUCUGCAUCUACAACUUUAUUAACUACAGCAGAGACCCCAGUGACCACAUCAACACCCGAAAUCACAACUGUACCUAAAACUUCAAUGUCACUAACUACAAACUUAACAGAGACACCUGCGAUAACCACCACAACAACCCCAGAAAUCACAACUGAAGAAUCUGCAUCUACAACUUCUUUAACUACAACAACAGAGACACCAGUGACCACAUCAACACCCGAAAUUACAACUGUACCUACUACUUCAAUGUCACUAACUACGACUUCAACAGAGACAUCUGUGAUAACCACCACAACAACCCCAGAAAUCCCAACUGAAGAAUCUGCAUCUACAACUUUAUUAACUACAGCAGAGACCCCAGUGACCACAUCAACACCUGAAAUCACAACUAUACAUACAACUUUAAUGUCCCUAACUACAACUUCAGCAGAGACACCUAUAAUAACCACAACAACUCCAGAAAUCACAACUGAAGAAUCUGCAUCUACAACUUUAUUACCUACAACAACAGAGACCCCAGUGACCACAUCAACACUUGAAAUCACCACUGUACCUAAAACUUCAAUGUCACUUACUACAACUUCAACAGAGACACCUGUAAUAACCACCACAAAAACCCCAGAAAUCCCAACUGAAGAAACUGCAUCUACAACUUCCUUAACUACAACAACAGAGACCCCAGUGACUACAUCAACGCCAAAAAUCACAACUAUACAUACAACUUUAAUGUCCCUAACUACAACUUCAGCAGAGACACCUGUGAUAACCACAACAACUUCAGAAAUCACAACUGAAGAAUCUGCAUCUACAACUUCAUUAACUACAACAACAGAGACCCCAGUGACCACAUCAACACUUGAAAUCACAACUGUACCUAAAACUUCAAUGUCACUAACUACAACUUCAACAGAGACACCUGUAAUAACCACCACAACAUUCCCAGAAAUCACAACUGAAGAAUCUGCAUCUACAACUUCCUUAACUACAACAACAGAGACCCCAGUGACCACAUCAACGCCAAAAAUCACAACUAUACAUACAACUUUAAUGUCCCUAACUACAACUUCGGCAGAGACACCUGUGAUAACCACAACAACUCCAGAAAUCACAACUGAAGAAUCUGCAUCUACAACUUCAUUACCUACAACAACAGAGACCCCAGUGACCACAUCAACGCCAAAAAUCACAACUAUACAUACAACUUUAAUGUCCCUAACUACAACUUCAGCAGAGACACCUGCUUCCAUAAUGUCAACCACAUUUGUACUAGAAUGCAAGGAUCUGAUUAGAAACCAAAGCUGGCCAGAUGGUUAUCAAUGGACAGAAGAUUGCUUCAAUAAAACUUGCACAAACGGUGUUAUAGUGUUGAGACCCUUAAUAUGUCCAACUCCAGUGGUGCCUGUGUGCCCCAGAGGAAUGCCACAGCUGGUAAAGGAUGAGCAAGGCUGUUGUGACACCUGGCAGUGUGACUGUCAGUGUGAUGUCUUUGGAGACCCACAUUACACUUCUUUUGCUGGAAAGAACUUCAUGUUCCUGGAGAACUGUACAUAUGUUCUGGUGGAGGAAAGGAUGCCACUUCAUCAUCUCAGCAUCAGUGUUGAUAAUUAUUACUGUGAGGAGUCUGCUUCCUGUGCCAAAGGCAUUGUUCUGAAGUACCGCAACAACACAGUAGUACUUCAAGCGGUUCAAGUUUCUGAUGAAACACCGAUAUUGAAAAUUACUCUGAAUGAAGUAACAAUAAAGUCAUCAUAUGAAGCAGAUGGAUUUAGGUUUGUGAGCACAAAUGCGGAAGUCUACGUUUACAUUGAAGAGAUCCGUUCAUCUAUCUUUCUCAGUGUUUGGAACACACUGCAGAUUAAUCUCGCUAUGGAACAUUUCCUUAAUAACACACAGGGACAAUGUGGUGUUUGUGGAGGGGCUUCGUGUAUAAGAAGGAAUGGGUCAGUUGAGAGUGACGAGUGCUGUGCUAAGACUGCAUAUGAAUGGAUAGAGGAUGAUCCACUCAAACCAUACUGUGCACAAGCCCCCCGACAUGUCCCUUGUAUCCCUGAAAUAACACCUACUCCAACUAUUUUACCAAAUGACACAGCUCCCUGUGAUCUCCUGACGAAUAAAGUCUUCAGUGAAUGCAGUUUAGACUUUGAUGUGGAGACGCUGGUGAGAAACUGCAUUUUUGAUUACAGUGUGGCCCAGAACAAUGCCACUGUGUGCUCCCCACUAGAGCGUCUAGCUGAUCACUGCAAAAAGAUGGGCAUCUGUGUGGCCUGGAGAAAGCUCACCAGUGGAAUUUGUGACAUUCCCUGCCCCGAAGGAAUGAUUUUUGACGAGUGCCGAAGCACCCCAACUGAUUUCUGUAGUGGCGGUUUGCGUGUUCCGGGCACAGUUUUGGAUUCAAUGAGAUCUGGUUGCUUUUGCCCAGACAACCAGCUACUUGCUGAGAGUCACAAGAUGAUCUGUGUAUCUGAAUGCACCAACUGCAAAGGCCCUCUGGGAGAACCCAUGCUGGCUGGGGCAAUAUGGGAGUCAAAUUGCCACAUAUGCACAUGCAAUAACCAGACACUGACGGAAGAAUGCUGGCCAAAACCUUCAGCUCCAACUCCUACAUGCGGUUCUGGCUUUACCAUCAUCUCUGACUGCUGCAACAACCAGAUAUGUGUUGAGAAGACUUGUGAAUACAAUGAAAAGAUAUAUAAGGUGGGUGAAACAUGGAGGGAUGCCAAGAGCCCGUGUGUAACAUUUCGCUGUACAACAGAAGGCACUGAAAUAGAGAAGACUGUGUGUCCACAGCAAUUUUGUCCUGAGGAACUUCGUGUUUGGGAUGAGCAUCACUGCUGCUAUUCAUGCAACACAACGUGUGGAGUCAGACUGUCCAGAAUGACUGUGGAAAACUGCACUCAGGAGGUGAUCCUGCCCACCUGUGAAGGCAACUGUGCAUCAGAAUCCCUGUGGGUGAGGUCUGGAAAGGAUCUACAGUUGGAGCACAAUCAGUUCUGCUGCCGAGAGAGAAAAUAUGAGCUGAGACAAAUUUCUUUGGUCUGCAGUGGGGAAACACCUAUACAGUAUACCUACAAACACAUUACAGGCUGUGAGUGCCAGCUUGAAGUCUGAAACCUCAGAUGUUUUACAAUGUCAUUGUAACCCUUAUUAAACAGGUCAGAUGUAUAAAUGUGAUUCUUGACUUGCAUGAUUUUUCUUUUGAUUAUAUGAUUAGUGAUUGUGAUAUUUUUCGCUUUCAUUUCCACAAAAAACAAAAAAACAGUAUACAGUGUAUUACAUACAUUUGUAUUCUUUAUAUUUUCCAGGUUUUGAUUAAUAAAA